AUGACAACUCGGAAUACUUCAACGACAACAAUAAAUAUUGAAUUAUGGUUUAUUCCUCUUGAUAUUAUUGGUCUUAUCUGUAUUACCCUUGCUAUUAUAUUUCCUCUCAUUUUUUUAUUUAUUAUUAUUAUUGAUAAAACAUGUCAUACAGUUUCGAUGUUAUUAAUUGCUAAUUCAUGUUUACUUGAAACUAUAUUUGCAAGUAUUAGAAAUGGUGCAGUCGUAUUUGUAUUACAAAAUGAUAUGAAACAAAUUAUUUAUGAAGAUUCAUUAUGUGUAUUUCGAGCUUAUAUUGCCGAUGGUAUAUGUGCCACAUUGAAUUAUUCAUUCUUAUUACAAGCACUCUAUAGAUAUGUUACUGUAGUUUAUCCACAAUGGUUAUUUUAUCAAGCAGCUACAUGUCAAAUUAUACUUAUUUUCAUAACAUGGAUUAUUGGUCUAGCAUAUCCACUUGAAUUUAUGCUUCGUAAUGAAAUUCUCUAUAAUAUUAACAAUCAAAUAUGUCAACUACCUCUUGGACUGUCUUUCUCAUUGAUCUAUAUGGUACUUUGUAUUUAUAUCAUUCCUGUUCUAUUGGUUAUAUUAAUUUAUUUUAAAUUAGUUCUAUACGUGAAAAAAAUGAGUAAACGUGUAACAUUAGCAAAUACUUUAGUUCGAGCACAAAGAGAAUUAAAAAUGGUUCGACGUAUACUCAUAUUAGUAAUCAUUUUAAUUGCACUUGGUUUUCCAUAUACAGUUUUCAUUAUCAUUUCAUUUUUUACAACUCCUGAAAAAUAUCAUUUUCGAAUUGCUCUUAUAUUUCUGGAUGUAUCAUUAGUAUUUAUUUUUAUUGCUUUAUUUCAAUUUAAUGACUCACUUAAAAUAGCUGUUAUAAAAAUAAUUAAACGUCGUCGACGACGACGACGAAAAGUGUUAGCAGCAAUAAUAAUAUAA